UUAGAGUACUUGAGCUGUUUACAAGCAACAGACUUUAGAAAACUAGUUAGCCUGGUGUCGUAUUAACUCAAUGUAAGUCGGCCUGUCCACACUGGAGUAUAAUGGUAAGAGAAAACACAGUAAGCUAACAGUGCUAGCUUGUUCAGGAGUCAACAGUUGGCUCGUGCGGAAACAAGUCGUCGCCGCCUUGCUAGCAGACGAAGCUAAAAUGGUUCGUUAGCUCAACGAACCACAGUAAUGUCAAGUAACAACCUGCCACCGGUGCGGCAUUUGCCACAAUGGACCCGAGUUGGACGCCUCGGGAAAUCCUGCUCUCCCCAGCGUUUACCGACCAACCAACGGCAGCCGCUGCCUGUCGCCCCGGCGCCGCCAGCGGAGAGAGGAGGAGUGUGGAGACCCGCAGCAGCAGCAGCACAAGAGGUGUCCUGUCACAGCGACAUGGACCCCCGCGUCGCUUCACUGCACAGAAACAUCCAGUUCCUCCAAGAACAACACAGGGAGACCCUGGAGAAGCUCCAUGCAGAAAUAGAGUAUCUCAGACGGGAGAAUAAAGAGUUGCAGUAUAAGCUGAUAAUGGAGCCUCCCAAGUCAAGCAGAAAAGGAAUGACACAUAGUCAACGAGGCGUUAGACCACCCACUCAGGGAAGUGAAGCCCAUACAGGACUCUACCUGGAGGAGCCACUGCAGGACACGCGGCCCUCGCAGGACCAAGCACUAAGCUUUGGACAAACCAGCGAAAUUCUGGGAUCUGCCCACCAGGACCGUGACCCAGAGAUGAAGGGGGGCCUCAUUACCUCAUUACAGCCUCUACGGAUUCACAGCAAUCCCUCCCAUCCACCACGCGCUCCCACACUACAGGAGUGUGAGGUCAUCAUCCGGCAGCUCUACAAUGCUAACAGCUUACAGUCUCAGGAAAUUAUACGAGUGAAGGCAUUGCUGAGAGAUAUUGUUCUGAGCAAGAAAAUCACCCCAGAAAACUACAUCCUGACCAAGGCCUACCUUGUCGAUGGGACCCGCAAAACUACAGAGGAAAAGAAAUUUCCAAAACUUGGUCUUCAGACAUUUCCAGAAAAAACGUCUGGACCCUCUCAGUCUGGGGUCGUCCUUCCGGCCCUCAAACAGAGCCUCAGCUCCACCAUUGCAGAGAGACAGAGAAGGACCCGCGCUGUGCAGAGAGACCGCUUCAAAAGGACGGUGCAGUGACACAUUCAAAACCACCACAGCGGCAGCUACACCCAUCUCAGGACUGGGGCUUGUCAUGUCAAAAACUGAGCGCACAGUUAUGGAUAUACAUGUGAAGUAUGCAUAUCCGAUGAUUUGAGAUGAUGGCUUCAGAAUUGUGCUCAUGGAGUACAGAUAAAAUUAAAAGAUUAUGAAAGGUCUGCAGACUUAAAAGGUUUUAAUUUUGCGCACAAAAUCAAAAGGAAAGAAUGUUUAAAAUCGAACUUUGUACUGGGGAUGGUAAAUGUAUUUAUUUUUUACCAAACAAUGCAUUUUAGGGCAUUUUAAGUGUUGUUUCACCAAACUGAGAAAGAUUCUUGUUUAGUUUUCACUGCACAUUUGUUGUAAUUCUGCCAAAAUGAUGGCGCAAUUGUUGUAUUUCAUAUAACUAUAUAUAACAAAUUACCUGUCACUUACCAAGCAGCUAAGUAUUCAAAACUUAUCAGUGCAAACAACCAAAGUUAAGCCUCUAAAUGCACAUGCAAUUGAUGACAGAAGAAACUACCAGCCAUAUUUCUCUUUUUGUAUUGGUUUGUAUUGACACUGUACAGAGUAACUGGUCAGUGUGUCACCAGCCGUGCACCUACAGAACAACUGAGCACAACACAAAACUAUUAAAUCCUCUG